AAAUUGAUUCGCGUGCUGUGCAUAAACAAACAAAUUUGCAACAUUCAACUGUUUCCCCAUUCAUUGUCAUUCGUUUGGUGAUUGCGGGCAAAUACCGACACACUUUUGGAAUAAAAAGAUUGUUAUUGUUAAGUUUUGUUUAUUUUUGUUAAAUUGUGAAAAAGUAUUCUGUAAAGAUGGCUGAUUUACCAAGCUCGCCACCACCAGCUACUCCAAGCGAUGCCGCUGAUAGACGCGAUUUGCGGGCUGCCAUGACAUCUCCGGUUGGAGAUUUUGAGCCCUUUGAAAAUGAGGAUGAAAUUUUGGGUGAUCAAACCGUACGCGAUGAGGAAGAAGAGGAUGGAGAGGAAUUGUUCGGUGACAACAUGGAAAACGAUUAUCGUCCAAUGCCAGAAUUGGAUCACUAUGAUCCAGCAAUGUUGGAUGAUGAAGAGGAUUACUCCGAAAUGUCACAGGGCGAGCGCUUGGCAGCCGAAGCUGAAAUGCGUCGUCGUGAUCGCGCAAAUGGUAUACACAGAGAUGAUCGCGAUCUCGGUUUUGAUCAGAGCGACGACGAUGAUGAUGUUGGUCCGAGGGCCAAGAGAAGAGCCGGGGAGAAGGCUGCCGCCGGCGAAGUAGAAGAUACGGAAAUGGUUGAAUCCAUUGAAAAUUUGGAAGAUACAAAAGGUCAUUCUACUAAGGAAUGGGUUAGCAUGUUGGGGCCUCGAACUGAAAUUGCAAAUCGUUUCCAAUCGUUCCUGCGUACCUUUGUUGAUGAACGAGGUGCCUAUACCUAUCGUGAUCGCAUACGUCGUAUGUGCGAGCAGAAUAAAUCAUCGUUUGUUGUGUCUUAUACUGAUUUGGCAAACAAGGAACAUGUGUUGGCCUACUUUUUGCCAGAAGCUCCCUUUCAAAUGCUGGAAAUCUUUGAUAAAGUUGCUAAAGAUAUGGUGUUGUCUAUUUUCCCAACAUAUGAACGUGUUACAACAGAAAUUCAUGUCCGCAUCUCAGAACUGCCCUUAAUUGAAGAGUUGAGAACUUUCCGCAAAUUGCAUUUGAAUCAAUUGGUGAGAACAUUGGGAGUUGUUACCGCAACAACUGGAGUUUUGCCUCAAUUGUCAGUUAUUAAAUACGACUGUGUCAAGUGUGGUUAUGUUUUGGGUCCAUUUGUGCAGUCACAGAAUUCAGAAGUUAAGCCCGGCUCGUGUCCAGAGUGUCAAAGUACAGGCCCAUUUUCGAUUAACAUGGAACAAACACUGUACAGGAAUUAUCAAAAAAUUACACUUCAGGAGUCACCUGGCCGUAUUCCUGCUGGUCGUAUUCCCCGAAGCAAGGAUGUAAUUCUUUUGGCAGAUUUGUGUGAUAUUUGUAAACCAGGCGAUGAGCUCGAAGUAACUGGCAUAUAUACAAACAACUAUGAUGGUUCUUUGAAUACAGAUCAAGGGUUCCCUGUGUUUGCAACUGUUAUAAUUGCCAAUCACAUUGUAGUUAAGGAUUGUAAGCAAGUCGUACAGUCGUUGACAGAUGAAGAUAUUGCUACUAUUCAAAAAUUGAGCAAAGAUCCUCGUAUAGCAGAUCGUAUCAUAGCCUCAAUGGCACCUUCAAUUUAUGGCCACGAAUACAUUAAAAGAGCUUUGGCUCUGGCUUUGUUUGGAGGAGAAGCUAAAAAUCCUGGAGAGAAGCAUAAGAUUAGAGGAGACAUAAACUUGUUGAUUUGCGGUGAUCCUGGUACAGCAAAAUCACAAUUUUUGAAAUAUACUGAAAAAAUUGCACCGCGAGCUGUGUUUACAACUGGUCAAGGUGCAAGUGCUGUUGGUUUAACUGCGUACGUUAGACGCAAUCCCAUAUCAAAAGAGUGGACACUGGAAGCUGGCGCAUUGGUAUUGGCCGAUCAGGGAGUUUGUCUUAUUGAUGAAUUUGACAAAAUGAACGAUCAAGAUCGUACUUCCAUUCACGAAGCUAUGGAACAACAGUCUAUUUCUAUAUCCAAAGCUGGUAUAGUAACAUCGCUACAAGCUAGAUGUACUGUAAUUGCUGCUGCUAAUCCAAUCGGUGGUCGUUAUGAUCCCUCAAUGACAUUUUCGGAAAAUGUCAACUUAUCAGAACCAAUUCUGUCUCGUUUUGAUGUUCUGUGUGUGGUCAAAGAUGAAUUUGAUCCAAUGCAAGAUCAACACUUGGCCAAGUUUGUUGUCAAUUCACAUAUCAAACACCACCCAUCAAGUGAGGCGGACAUAGAAGAUUCACAAGCAAACAACGUUAGUGAAAUUCCCCAGGAAUUGUUGAGACAAUACAUUGUUUAUUCCAAGGAGAAUAUUAGACCAAAAAUUUCGAAUAUUGAUGAAGACAAAAUUGCCAAAAUGUAUUCCCAAUUGCGUCAGGAAUCAUUUGCCACUGGCUCACUUCCCAUUACAGUAAGACACAUCGAAAGCGUAAUUCGUAUGGCUGAGGCCCAUGCUAGAAUGCACUUACGAGAAACUGUCACGGAGGCUGAUGUUAGUAUGGCCAUACGUAUGAUGUUGGAAUCAUUCAUUGAAGCUCAAAAAUUCAGUGUCAUGAAGAAAAUGCGCGCAACUUUCCAAAAAUAUUUGGCCUUCCAGAAGGACCAUUCCGAAUUGUUAUUCUUUAUAUUGCGUCAACUUACAUUGGAUCAGUUGGCCUACAUUCGCUGCAAGGAUGGUCCAUCGGCUACACAUGUUGAAAUUAUGGAACGCGAUUUAAUGGAACGUGCCAAACAAUUGGAUAUAUUUAAUUUGAAGCCUUUCUAUGAAUCAGAAAUAUUUAAACAAAAUGGUUUCUCAUAUGAUCCUAAGAGACGCAUAAUUUUGCAGAUCGUUCAGGAAGCUGCAGUCUAAGAUGGCGAAAAUAAACUUGUUAUUCUUAAGAUAUAUUUUGAGUUAGUAGGACGCAUACAUAAACAUAAGCUCAGUAUAGGUUUCAUCAUUUUUUUUGCAAUGAAUUUCUGUUUUUAUUACAUCGUUUCACAAGUUCUUUUCCAUUUUUUAUAUUAAAAGAAAAUUUGGCUUAAACCAAAUAUAAUAAAGAUA